AUGCCAGCACCCCGAACUUAUCGCGCCGAAGCGCUGGUCUUGAAGAAUGCACCCUUUGGCGAGGCCGACCUGCUGGUAACCCUGUUCACCCGGGAAGCCGGCAAGGUAAGGGCCGUUGCCAAGGGUGCGCGGCGCGCGACCGCCAAGCUGGUAGGCCAUCUGGAACCACUGACGGUUACCCGCUUGGCCCUGUCACGUGGUCGCACCCUGGACGUGAUUAACCAGGCGGAGACCCUCGAGUCCUUUGCUCUAGUGAAGGCCAACCUGACGGCGGUCACCAAGGGACUGCAGGUUGCCGAGCUGGUGGAUGGAUUUGGGUCUGAGGAAAGCCCCAACGAGCCUCUUUACGGCCUGUCGCUCGCCACCCUGGCAGCCAUAGGCCGUUCUCCCGAUGCUGAACUUCCCCUGCUGUAUUUCCACCUGCACCUGUUAUCGGUCUCGGGCCUAAUGCCAGAACUGCAGGACUGCGUGGAAUGCCGACGGGAGAUAGAACCGGAAAGGCAUCGUUACAGUGCCGACGGCGGCGGCGUCUUUUGCCCCGACUGCACUCCCCACCAGUCCGGGUUGCGCCCCCUUUCCGUGCGAGCCCUCAAGGUUCUGCGGCUGCUGGCCCGCAGCCAGCCAACGGCGCUGCCCACCCUGCACCUGGACGCCAGUCUGACACAAGAACUGCGGACCACCCUCACCGGCACCGUUCAAUACUGGCUGGACAAGGAGAUCCGCACCAAUUCCUUCCUCAACCACCUGGCUCGAACCGAAAGGACGGGCACGGCGAGAGGGUAA